AACAGGGAUUCUGAAACUAAGGCAUGGAGAUAGUUGAUGUCUGUCCCAUGGACAGGGUAUCCCAGUGGCCCUGACGAGAUGGGAGAAUGUUACAGCAAGAAAUCUGUGGCCCCAGGGUAUGAAACCCCAGGGAGAAGCAGCACCACAUCUGCAAGUUCAGAGUCAAAUACACAACAAAGACACAGGACACUGAAAGAGUCCCUGGAAACUGGACAGAUGGCGUUUACUUUGGCGCAACUUGAGGCCUUGGAGAUUUGCCUGAAGGAAGCAGAAGAAAAGGCUAAAACCUUAUCUGAACAGCUUGCAGCCUCUGAAGGAACAAAAUCAAGACUGCUUGAGCAAGUUUCCUGGCUGGAGGAAAAACUAGGGGCUCUGGAUCAUAAGGAAGACAGUGGUGAGCCAUAUGAAAAAAUGGUUCUUGCAAAAGACCAGUGCAUUGAGAAAUUACAAGCUGAAGUGAAAGCUUCCCAGGAGCAACUUACAGCCCAUAAACUAAAGCACAAAAGGAAACUGAAAAAGCUGCAAACUGAUUUGGCAACAGCUAAGCAAGAGGCUGCCAUCACAGUCCUGGAACUGAAUGAGAAGAUAAAGACUCUGUGUGAAGGAAAGCCAGCCCCUAGAGACAACAUCCUGUGAAGAAUAUAGCCAUCUUGCAAAUAGGAAGGACAAACAAGAGAAGCCAACCUGGCUUUCCUGAGCCACAAAGUGAGCUAACCCUGCAAUUCCGCAGAUUUCACCUUACAUGCAAUAAUAAACUCUCCAUUGUCUAAGUUGGUGAUAGUCACCUGAUCUGUUACUUGGAGUUGAAAUCACCCUGACUCAUGUACAGAUGUUCCUUGGCUUAUAAUGGUAUGAUGUUCUGAUAAAUCCACUCUAAGUUAAAAACAUUGUUAGUCAGAAAUGCAUUUAAUAGAACUCACCUACAGAAUAUCCAUCAUAGUUUAUUUAGCCUAGCCAACCUUAAAUGUGCUCAGAAUACUUGCACUAGCCUACAACUGGGAAACAUCAUUUAACACAAGGACUACUUUAUGACCAAGUUUGUAAUAUCUCAUGUAAUAUAUUAAAUACUGUACUGAAAGUGAACAACAGAAUGGCUACAUGGGUAAAGAGUGAUUGUAAACAUAUCAGAUAUUUACCUUCAUGAUUAUGUGGCUCACAGGAAGCUAUGACUCACAGUCCCUUGCCCAGUAUCAUGACAGAGUAUCAUACUCCAUAUUGCUAGCCCCAGAAAAGAUCAAAAUUCAGAAUUUGAACUAUGGUUUCUACUGAAUGUAUAUCACUUUCACACCAUCAUAAAGUCAAAAACUGUAAAGGUGAGCCAUUAUAACUUGAGUACUAUCUGUAUUCAUAAUAUAAUAUUAAUUCCUUGAGUCUAAUUCCUAGUAAAAAUAAUCUUGCAUAAUUGAUUAAAUCCAAACUUAGUCUUAAAAAGUAACAGA